AGAAAAAUAAUCUUGGACCAUAGAGGAAUAUAUUAUUUUCCUCUUAUCUUUAACAAUUAACAAAGCAAAUAAUUGGCAAAUUAUUUGACAUGGGUCUUAUUCAGAUUGAAAAAUAAUGAAUCUUGGAACAUGAGGAAUAUAUUUGUACACCAAUUUAGAGCACCAAGAUUCACCUCUGGAGCUGCUAACACUGUUACUCUGCCACCCUUUUAUUACAACUGUGGUGUCCGAGCAGCUUUUUAGUCGAGACGACGUUUGUCCUCUUGCUCGGCAAUGGAAAAUGCUGAAUCCAGCCCUCUCAAAAGAUUCCCUCUGGGUUUGGAUGAAACUACUGAAGAAGAAUACUCUUCUCAGUCCACUUUGCUCCAAGAUUUUGCUAGCAUCCCUACCAUUGAUAAGGCAUGGACUUUCACAUCUGCCAGUGGUUCCCAGUGUAUGUUCUCAGUUAGCCAGCCAAAUCUCCUUGCCAACAAAAACAGGAAAUACAUAUUAUCUAGUCAUAUUUCGAAGGGAAGUACAAAUGAUGUAAGCUUUCAAUGGGAUGCCUUCCCUAUUGAGAUGUCUAGUGGGUCGAUAAUGGUUCCAUCACCUUCAGGUUCAAAACUUCUUGUUGUUAGAAAUCCUGAAAAUGAUUCUCCAACCAAAUUCGAGAUUUGGGGUCCAUCUCGAGUCGAGAAGGAGUUCCAUGUCUCGCUCUCUGUCCAUGGCUCGGUAUAUUCGGAUGGAUGGUUUGAGGGAAUUUCUUGGAAUGAUGAUGAGAACUUUAUUGCAUACGUCGCUGAGGAGCCGGCUCCCUCUAAGCCCGUGUUUACUCAUUUAGGGUACAAGAAAGGGAAUUCUACAGAUAAGGAAUGUGGUAGCUGGAAAGGUCAAGGUGAUUGGGAAGAGGGUUGGGGGGAAACUUACCCUGGAAAAAGAGAACCUGCUAUUUUCGUUAUCGAUGUUAACAGUGGAGAAGUACAUCCUGUUGAAGGAACAAGGAAGCUUAGUGUUGGACAAGUUGUGUGGGCUCCAGCUUCUGGAGGCUUGCAACAAUAUCUGGUUUUUGUUGGGUGGCCAUCAGAUACUAGAAAGUUGGGCAUUAAGUAUUGCUAUAAUAGGCCGUGUGCCUUGUACGCGGUUAGAUCUCCAUUUUCAAAAUCACAAGAUCACCAAUCUGGAACUAAUGCAAGUGAAGAAGCAUCUCCUGUUAAGCUGACACAAAGAAUAAGUAGUGCAUUCUUUCCUCGUUUCAGCCCACACGGCAAGUCCCUUGUGUUUCUGUCUGCAAAAAGUUCCGUAGACUCUUGGGUACAUUCUGCAACUCAAUCACUUCAUAGAAUUGAUUGGUCCCCAGAUGUAAAGCCAAGUCCAGAUGCUGACAUUGUUGAUGUGGUUCCUGUUGUGAUGUGCCCUGAAGACGGCUGCUUCCCGGGUUUUUACUGUUUUAAUUUGCUAAGUAAACCUUGGCUUUCUGAUGGAUAUACCAUGAUUUUAUCUUCUGUCUGGGGAAGCACUGAAGUAAUACUUUCAGUGAAUGUAUUGAGUGGAAAGGUGUCACGCAUUAGCCCUGGAAACUCUAGCUUUUCUUGGAGCUUGCUUGCACUAGAUGGCAAUAACAUUGUUGCUGUCUGUAGCAGUCCCGCUGAUGUUCCUGAAAUCAAGUACGGUAGCCUUGUCGUAAAAUCAUCUGCGGAGGCCUCAUGGAGUUGGCUAGAUAUUUCAAGUCGCAGAUGUAGAUGCUCUGAAAAGGUUAUUUCUCUGCUAUCAUCCCGCCAAUUUGAAAUUAUUAAAAUUCCAGUCAGGGAUGACUACAAGAACCUUACAAAAGGUGCCAGCAACCCAUAUGAGGCUAUCUUCGUGUCCUCCAAGUCUAAGAGCCGUAAUCUGUGCGAUCCGCUAAUCGUUGUCCUUCAUGGGGGUCCUCAUUUCAUUUCAUUAUCAAGCUUCUCUAAGUCCUUAGCUUUCCUUUCCUCAAUUGGUUAUAGCUUGUUGAUUGUUAAUUAUAGAGGCUCCUUAGGAUUUGGUGAAGAAGCACUGCAAUCUCUUCCAGGGAAAAUUGGAUCGCAGGAUGUUAAUGAUGUGCUAGCUGCUAUAGAUCAUGUCGUUAAUAUGGGACUCGCAGAUCCAGCUAAAAUAGCUGUGCUUGGUGGUUCCCAUGGUGGAUUCUUGACAACGCACUUGAUCGGCCAGGCACCAGAUAAGUUUGCUGCAGCCGCUACAAGAAAUCCUGUCUGCAGCCUUCCUUUGAUGGUCGGUACAGCUGAUAUCCCUGAUUGGUGCUAUGCGGAGACGUUUGGGAAACAGGGAAAAUCGAUGUAUAGUGAAGCUCCUUCAUCUGAACACCUUGCUGCCUUUCACAGCAAAUCACCGAUAUCACACAUCUCCAAGGUCAAAACUCCUAUACUCUUCUUGUUAGGUGCCAAGGACCUCCGUGUACCAAUAUGUACAGGCUUGCAAUAUGCACGUGCAUUGAAGGAGAAAGGAACUGAGGUCAAAGUGCUGGUGUUUCCCGAGGACAAUCACGCUAUUGAUAGACCACAGUCUGACUUUGAAAGCUUUCUUAAUAUUGGAGUGUGGUUUAAGAAGCAUUGCAAAUAGACAUAUUUUUCAUGGCUCAAACCAAGAUUUCCACAUUCUUCCACUCUCCUUUGCAAGAAGAGAUGAAGUGAUUUGCAGGUCAAAUUUCAAACCACGGCGAUUAUACUCCUCUCGUUCACGUUCUCACCUUCACAUUCAAGCUCUCAUCUGAAUGAAAACUCUUAAAACAUGUUCACCUAAGGAAAUUUGUUGUAUAUAUUUGACCUCUGCAGUGACUGGCCAUUCAGCACUCAUUGUCAAACUCAAAUGUAUGUAAAAUAACUAACUGUUGCUGUCCUUGUACAGUUCAAUAAAUCAUCAAAAGGACUUCUCCAUUUUUAUGGGAGCAAUAUUUGUUAGUA